AUGACGACUACAAUAAUUGUAGAUGUACAUAACCGAUGCAGACAUAGAAGAUGUAAGUGUAGAGGGGGUAAAGGAGGUAACAUCUCCAUAAGAGCGGGACCCGUAGGAACAGGAGAUUUUGGAUAUUGUACCCAUGAAGCCAUUGAGAAAAAGUCAAAUAUAUCCAAAGUCAUAUGGACAAAUGUUCCACUCGAGAGGGUGGGAUUUCUCCAUGCGUUUGAGGAGCUAGCAUCUGUUACAGUAUACUACCAUAAAACUCACGAUAAGGAUAGACGUUACAUAAAUAAGCCCCUUCUAAUAAGGGUUAAAGGCAAGAGUUACAGUGGAACACAUUGGUAUGAAAAUGUUGGAACCUAUGAUAAUAGAAGAUGGUGGAGGAUUGAUAAAGAAGCAAAAUCGGGUAGUUAUCCAAAUAGAGAUGAAUACAAUUCAUGUUCUCAAUUUGAGAAUAAGUUGAAAUCAGUUGCAUGUAGACUACAUGGACUUCAUGGGAUAAAUAUAGACAUUUCUGGCACUCAGAAUAUUGACUGUGCAGUUUGUAGCGAACAGGACUAUGUAACAUUUAGACAAGAGAAUCCCACUAAAACAUCUAGCUACGUAAGGCAUGAAUAUAGUGGGAAAUUUACGGAAAAAUCUAUUCUGCUCCACCGUAGCAAUCAGGUUACGUAUAGGAUGAUCUCGUCAAUGAGGAGAAGCUAUUAUGUCCAGUUUCAACUUGAUGAUAGUAAUGUCCAGACAGUAUCAGUGUACUACUGGAAUGAUGAUUGUGCUCACAAUAAUCCACUUUUGAUACAAGUAGAACUUAAAGGCAAUAUAUCAUUCUGGCUCGAAAAUACCAGCGUUCUUGGUAACGAUGGAAAGGUUAGACAUGAUAAAUGGAAGGUUUUAGGGAGAGAUGAAAUCAAUAGGCUAGACAAAAAAGGUCCAGAUCUCCAAUGUAAACUUGAUGUUCUCAAUUGUAUCUAUAACAGAGUUGUACAAGUUAACAUUGGGGAGAAAAAAAGCUGUCAUGAGACAAAACAUUAUCUACACAGAAAUAGAAUUAGUUAUGGAUACGGAGAAGUUUUAGGAACCUAUCCAGUUUUGUAUGCUCACACGUAUGAGAAGAGUCCGGAAUGUAAUAAAGAAUCUUUCAACGUAUCUGAGAUCACCGUAAAUGGUCAGCCACAAAAUUUCGAACCUAAUCCCCUACCAUUCAAGGAUGUCAAGAAGCUUUUAGCAUAUGUAUCUCCCUGUGACCCAAAAACGCCAUUCCUCAUCUGUGUUGAAUCUGGUGAUAAACCUAAGAAUCCUUAUAAAUGGUAUGUUAAACAAGCAAAGGGGGCAGAUUGGGAGGUCUAUAAAGACCUCCCUGGACGAUACGAAAAACCACCAGAAGAGGCUGUAUCAGAUAUUGGAAAUUUUUUUCAAAAUGUUAAAGGUACUCUUAAAUUAAACGACUGUUAUGUAUCAACUUCUGACAAAGGAAUUAUGUUUAAUAUUAGGAAGACACUAAGUGCUGGGCAGAACUCUAUUACAUACACCGAUAUAUUAGAUCCUAAAAGUACUCCAGUUAUUGUCACUAAAUCUGAUGAUACUCCUUUACUUGGUUUCUUUAAGAAUGUUCACAGGCCAGCUACAAACAACAGCAGUGUUUUUGUUCUAAAUGAAUAUUUAGCCGAUGGGUCAAAGUUUCAAUCCAAGAUCCAGGGUGUAAAAAAUUUUCAUGUAUACUUUUGGAAUGGAAAUGAUAAUACACCUAUCCUACUCGGAAUCAAAAAGAGUACUGAGAAAGACUUUAAGUACUAUUCUUAUUAUGGACCCGGAGAACAUGGUAAAUGGAUACAGGGUAGUUAUGAAAAGCUAGUUUCUACCGAUCUAAAUUAUAUGCUAGAUGAUCAAAACUGUUAUAGGAAUAGUGCUAUUCCCAUAAACCUUAUGGAACCUAAAAAUCUUGGAGUAUUCAAGUCCAGUAAAAAUCAAUCAAAAUGCUUAACAAACGGGCUUGUAACUCCAUCUACACAACCACAACUUCCAAACGGAGCCGAAAAUUACUACAAAGUCGAUGCAUAUCAACUCUCAAAUAAUAAAAGAGUUUCUAGAAUUACAUUUAACGAUAAUCCCACUAACAUAAUUCCUCCCUAUAACGAAGAUGGACCAUUGUUACAUAUUUACAGCUGGAAAAAUUCCGGAAUACCUCUGCUUGUUGAGUUGAUCAGGAAGGAUGGAUCAGACUGGUUUGAGAAUCUUGGAGAGGGUCCAGAUUAUACAAAAUGGAUGAAAAUUUUUAGAGGAGAUGAAGAAUUUUAUACUCAAGAAAGUGAUCCAACUAAUAAAACCCUGCAGGAUACUCUAACAACAAAGUUAAAUGAAGUAAAUUGUAGAGUACAUGGUGUUGUCCAGAUAGACAUCUCAAAAACAUAUGGUAGAUACUGUCAUACUGGGUGCCUUUCAGGUAAGAUAAAGGUUACUCCAUCUGAAGAAAAGAUUCCUGAGUACAGUGUUUAUGAGCAUGCUCCUGUGGGUCUAGGGAAGGCCACCUUUAAAGUUUCUUCUAUUUUAUAUUAUGGUGUUGAACAACGUCUUGGAAUAUUUAGUACACCUAAAGAAAUUUCCAAGGUUAAAGUAUACUUCCCAAACUGUCCUGGAGGUGCUCCAGUUGCCAUAAAAAUUGAACAAAAUGGAGAACAUGAAAUUUGGCUUGAGAGAACAUAUAAUAAGUGGGCUGAAAAUACAGAAAAGUUUAAAGGUAAAGAUGAAAAUACCACGGCAUUGAAAGGUCUCCUAGAUAAGAUAAAAAUGGAUACGAGUGCAUGUAAUCCAUCUCAAAACCCACCUUCUCAGCCAUAUCUAGAACUAUAUGAAAACCAAGAUAGUGAUAAUGAUCGUUUUAACUUGCUGAAACUAGCUGAUGAUAUUGAUAAUGGAAUGGAAGAACGAAGUAACGGUGGUGUUAUUGAAGUGUAUGAUGAGGAUAUAGAAGAAGAGUUAAUGAGUGAGUAUCUCAAUAAUACCCUUUCUAGUGUUAAACAUUCUUCCACCGCUACUGAAUCUAUGACCUUAACAGCUUCUGCUAAGGCUCCUGGUCAUAGUCCCAUAUUUGCACAUCAAAAGUCAGCAUAUACAAUUAUCAUAGACAUAAAGGAGAAGCCUGAUGGACAAGAAACUUCUACGACAUAUCCUCCUGGAGGAUCUCCCGAACAACAAGUUGAAGUAACUAAGUUCGAGGAACCACACGGUUCUUGUUUCAAGAUGUUCACACAUGAGGCACUAGCUGGACAGCCUUUCAUGGUUAGGGAAGUUCAGUAUAAUGGUAUGGGUGUUCCAAACAUAAGACCUACUGGUCCCAUUUAUGAUUACUCUGUAUGGUACUGGAGUGGAGAUAGGGACAAUUCUCAGCCUCUUUUAGUAGAAAUUGAGAAGGAAAACAGUGAAUUUGUAUAUUAUUAUAGAGGCGGAACCAGUAUAUCUAAUUGGACUGAGCUUUCUGACUAUAAAGACCCUUCUAAACCACUGGAAGGUGAACCCCUUGAGACUCAUCUUGACGAACUUAACUGUCGACGUAACGGCGUUGUUGUAAUGGAUCUAUCCUUCAGAAAUUCUCAUACUCAUGCUAAAAAGUCAUACUGUUGCGGUAAAGACCAUACUGGUGGUAAAAAGGUAUCUGUUACCGAUAGAACAAUUUCCUGUAAGAAGUCGAGUCACAACACAAAUCACCUUACAUACUAUAAACACGAUGUUACCUCAGGAACUAGACUCGCAAAGAUUAUAUAUUAUGAAAAUAGUGGAAGUGAUAGGAAGAGGAUAAAGAUUACUGACCUUAAAUUACCUACUACAGAAAAGGUUACAGCCUACGCCUUUUACUGCACAGGGAAUGAGCCCGUACUAAUCUACGUUCAAGGUGGAAUCCCUGGCGUUAACAAGUGGUACAAGAAGUCCUCCAGUGAUACAUGGGAAGAAGUCCUUGGUAUAUCAAGUGACCCAGAGAAUAUUAAGGACUGUAGCAGUAAAGGCUGGAGUGCACUUGUUAAGGCGAUAAAUUGUCCCAGCUACUUGAAGUGUAAUAAUACUCAAUCCUUGUCUCAACCAACUACUUCUGGUGCGGAUACUCCUGGACCUACUCGAUCUAAGGGUGAAGAUGGCGGUCAAGGUAGAGUGGGAGCUAGUGGAAAUAAUCAGGUUACUGGUAGGACAAGUGAGCAUUAUGAUAGAUUAUUAAGUUCACUUUUUGGUAUUGCUCAAGACAUACUUACUGGAGCAGCCGGUACUUUAGCAAAAACAUUGUCGAGUCCUAAAGGUACUGAAACUACUGAUCGUACUAGUUAUGUUCCUAAAGAACCUCAAUCUCCUGACCUUAAACAAAAAGAUGCUGCUGUCUCACCUGGAAAAGCUGAUAUUACUCAAGCCGCUCUUAGACCUGAACCUCAUCAACUUCCUGCUCUCUCAUCUGACCUAAAUGCUAAUAUUAAUGGUGGAUAUCCUCCAUCUGUAGUUGCUGGAAGACAAAGCCCCGGUAUUACUAUUCCAUCUGGUAAUGGAGCAAGAUUUAAAGUUGAUGUUCCUGGUUCUAUACUUAAUGUUGUUGAUAGUGAUAAAGCUUACGCUGUUCUAUCUCCUACUGAAUCUGGAACUCUGACGGGUCUAGGUCCAGGAAUACCAGGACAAAGACCAUUGCCAGUAGAUAGAUUAGUAGGAGUACCGUCUUUACCAGCAGGGGGCCCAGAAAGGGCACCACCAAGGUCAUCUUUGGUUUCACUACCAGGAUGGACUUCAGGGGCACUAGCUACCAGUGGUCUUGAUGGACUUAGAGGACAUACCAGUGAUAUUGGUGAUAAUAGUGAAGCUGUUGGACCUGAUUCUCAAGAACCUGAUACUAAUGAAGGUGAAACUAGUGGAGCUAAAGGACCUCCUCCUCAAGCUAUUGCUACUGAAGAAUCUUCUCCUGAACCUGCUCCUCCUACUGCUGAAGAACCUGAAUCUCUUGUUGAAGCUCCUCUUACUGUUGGUCUAGGAUCAUGGUUAACCUUUGGAGCAUCCUCUGGCACUGUUGCCGGAGCUGGUGGUCUUACUGGACUUGGUUGGUGGGCGUUUAAACGUUCUAGAGGAGACCCUUGGGUUAGACAGAUAUAG